AUGAUAAACCUUUGGAACAAGAUCGCCAGAAAGAAAACGAAAAAGUUGGAGGUUACCGCAGUAGAGAUUUGCGCAGAAAAGGAAUGUCCCGACGGUGGAUAUGGUUGGAUUAUUUGCAUCGCAGCGGCGAUUUGCCAGUUUAUCAUCAUGGGUAUUCACAACAACUUUGGGAUCUUAUACACUUACUUGAUGAAGGAUUUAAAGGCAGAUCCAGCAGAUACUGGUGAGUUAUCACAAUGUGAUCUAUAUUAGCUGUAUUAAAGCCGGCUAGUAGUUACGUAACCUCAGCAGAAUUUCUGAAAACCAAACUCUCUCGCUUUUGGAUCAUUUUCACCCUUGCUUCCUAAACUUCAUCUGUUCAGUAUUUGAUCCGAAGAUUGCUGAACACAUUUCUGAACGUAGGGAUCUAAGAGAUCGCGUGUUUUCAGUAGUGGUCAAAAUCAUUAUAAAGUUUGCUGUCGACAAAUAGCGCAGUAACUUAAUAUCAUAGGUGCACACAUAUAUCGUACGUCUGCAAAAAUGCAUCAUAGUCCUUGGUGAAUCCCAAAGGAAUUGCACUGUGCGAUGAUCCACAGGUAUUAUCUUGACCUGCAGGUCGAGAACUCGAAAACUAACCUGACUCCGACCCUGUUUUGUGAGCCAAGAGUCAUGAAAAGAGUGUUUAAAAUAGUACCGAGAAAUUUAUUUGUUUUUCCAGUUUCAUUUUGGUGAACAUCAUGACUGUUUGGGUCUCAUGACUAACUAAUUAAGUUCUUUUAGUACAGCAUUGAGACUAAUGAUGUCCAACGUUUCCAAGGGGUCUAGCUGGGUCUACACGCAAUCAUCAUCAAGUUUAUCGAGGCAAAGUGACCGUUUCUUGGUGAUUUUAAUUGACUUAAUUGAAAACAAUAGUAAAAGACAUUUUGCUUCUUUUGUGUUCAUGUCAAUAACAGCGAGGAUAGCUGAAUCACCAAAUUCAAAAAGUUGGCACGGACCUCGGAUGAUCAACAUUUCGUUAAUGCAAUAAGCAUGAACACUGAUUUCUUGUAGCUUUUUUCAAGGCUAAAAAAUUGUUAAUCAAUUCUGUUUUGAAAUCCUGUGCUAAUCGUUCAUGUUCUAGCCUGACGAGCCCCUAAGAAGAUAAGAACGUCUGCGUGAGAGGUUAUUCAGUUUCUUGCCGAUUAAGGAAUUCAGUAAGACCUUGCUGAUUUGGCAACAUGUUGAUGACAUUGAUGAGGAGGGGGUUUGUAAUGAAAGUGACGGACAUAUAUAUUAUCUUAUUUGGAAAUGAAGACGCAACUCGUUUUUGGUGGUGAUUUUUGGUUUCGGUUUCCUAGUAGGGUUUUAAAACACCCCCGGAUUUUCCGGGAUCGUGAACCAAAUUCAUCAGACAAAAAGGCGUUGCGUAUCAGUUUAAAUGUGUAUCUGUGUACAAAAAAAGUUUGCUCAGUGAGUUGGCUUUUGUUUAGCCUGUUUCAGUUGCUCAGAAAGUCGGAAGUGAAACUCAGGGUUAAAAGUUAGCGAAAAACUAGAGGAAAAUUGGCGCUCUCCCCGGUCUCGGCAAUUUUUUCACCCCACUCCACUGUUUGAAUGCCUGUAACAUCCGUGUUUUUGUUUAAAGCUGCCUUAUAGCUUAUGGGUGACUUUAAAUUUAGUGCUUGAUCUAAACAAAGCUCAGUUCUUUUUUUAAGGGAUAGGUUCACGGUUUAGCGCAUGCUCAUAUAUCAAAAUGCUGUUUUUCUGUCGGGACAUGCUGUAUCUAUGAUCAUCAUGACCAAGCAAUAUGAUCAAGUCAUAAUGUUGUCAAAGAACCAAUCUGCACACUCCCCUGGUAGUCACUUGCACUUGACCAACUUAAAUAUUUGCAAAUAGCUGUAAAUUAAUCAACCAAGGAAUAAAACCAUGGGGUCAACAAUAAAUUCAACGUUGCUAGUGUUUGCAUAAUCCACUAUUUUUUUUCGGCGAUUUUAGUACUCCUCCAUCCUACUUCAGGUUACCCUGAAUACAAUUCUACUUUGAAAUACACUCUGAGAUCGCUGAGAUACAUGUGACUGGGAUUAUUAACCAUGAAUUAAUAAUAAAUUGGAAAGAAGUAAUUUAGUUGAUGAGCAUGCGCUUAACCGUGAACCUGUUUUUUUAAGUAUGAAGGAUUUUUUAGAUUUGAUACUCUUCUUUCGCGAAUGUUAUUUCAACAGCCCCGUCCACGGUUUUUUUCAAGUCAGUUAUGACAGACUAGUUAGCGAAUAUACAUUGACACUGCUUGACAGAGCGCCUUUAAAAUGAAAAACUCACCAAGUUUUAAGGGUAUACAUUAAUCGCCAAAUUUUACGUUUGUAUGGUUUGUAUGAUGGCACGAACUUGCCCCCCUACCAUGCAUACAAACGUCUAAAACAUUGAGCGAAUCUUCGUUAGUUUUUCAACAAAUCACGUUAAAAAUUGACAUCUUUAUUAAUUGUAAGGCCUCCUUUUGUCUAAUCGGUGUCAGUCAAACGUUGAUGAAACCGUGGAAGGGUUUUAAAAAAAACCCGAUCCAAUUCUUAUUAUGACUACAUUCGAUUUUUCACGUUUCAGCGUGGAUUGGUUCCAUAGCGUUUGGUGUAAACUUCCUUUUCGGCCCAGUAGCGAGCAGUUUGUGUCAAAGAUUCAGCUGUCGCCUCGUAGCUGCAGCGGGUGGUCUUAUUGCAGUCCUUGGUUUCUUGAUGACGUCAUUUGCUAAUAGUGUCUACGUCAUGUACUUCACCUACAGUGUUGUCUGGGGUUUUGGUUCUUCUUUAAGCUUUGCUGCAAGUACUAUUGUAUUGGGUGAGUUCAAGAUCCACUUAUCUUGUAAAUAUAAUUUCCAAUAUGCCAAGUAUAAAUGGUAUUCGAGUCAAUCAUCGCAUGAAAUUUGUCCUUAAAAUAGCUUCAUGAUCAGCUCCGAGGAGUUUCCUGUGGCUCAGUGGUAGGGUAUCUUAACAGGUAACCAGAGGGUCAUAGCUUCUACUCCUGUUUGGAAGACUCCUUUUUCACUUUUUGCGAGUCGGGCUGUUUCACUGACUUAGCAAACAUCAUUCUCGUACUUUCGCAUCGUUAAUAAGCUGCAGUUUCUUCCUUAGUACCUUAAAAAAAAACCUGGGCAAUGUCGUUUUGUUCACUUGUUGUUGUAUGCUAUACAGGCUAAACGACGCAAAACCACUGAGGCGACAUAUAAUGUAGGAACCCUGUAAUGAGUUGACGCAAAUGUGCCACAUGUACGCGCAGUUUAAGCUAGUUAAGUCGCACUAGAUGAUGGUCUAGUUAAGUCUAGAGAGGAUAUUUCCCCAAGCAGGGCCUCUGUACUAAUUACAUUUUACAAUAUGUUCCUACAGGUCAGUACUUCGACAGGAAUCUUGCGUUAGCCAAUGGUAUUGUUACUGGUGGAAGUGGUAUCGGAGCGAUAGCAAUGGGACCCUUUUAUCAUCUCGUCUUGUCAAACCUCGGCUGGAAAAUCAUACUAAGAAUUCUUUGUGGAUUCGCCUUUCUCAUGUUUGUGAGCGCACUGUUCUACCGUCCCCUCCCUGCCAAGUAUAAACGCGCUCACAUAGGCCGAAAAGAGAGAGCCAAGCUGUUUGAUUUGUCCGUAUGGAAGAUAAAGCCGUUCGUGUUUUGGGCCGUGGCCAUGUGGCUGAUACAUAUUGGCUAUUUUGUUCCCUUCAUUCACCUGGUGAGCAAACGAAUAGUAAAUAUAACAGACUGAUAAUCGAUUGAAAGGCUUUUUAAAAUUUUCACUUUUUUCCAGACGUAGGGGGAAAUAAGGAGUCUCCCCUGUGAAAGUUACAAAUAUUUUUUGUUCACUUUCACCAAGGUGAAUCUAAAGUAGAGACAAGCAAGAAGCCAGGAUUGGCUUUACUUUGAGGUUCUCGAGCUACUGCUCAUUUUUAUGCCUAUUUUUUCGAUAGUUUGUUCGUCAGUUUCCUCAAAUCAGUUAAACAAAGACGAACGCACUUCUUAAUUAACAGUGUAGUAAAUGAUUAACGAGAUCGGCUCCACAUGGUACAAUGGCAGAAAGUAAACUUGAUCAAUAAAUUUUCCUUCAAUCCUGUUCUUGCUAAAAAGUAUUUUGAAGUGCUGUGUAAACAGUCCUCCGAAAUGUUGGUCCUUUUUUUUACCGCUAAUUAACCACAUGUUGAUCUUUUCUUUUCAGCCUAAUUACGCUGAAAUUAUUCAUAUACCUGAGUCUAAGGCCUCCUUGCUAAUAGGGUAUCUUUCCAUUGCUUCUACACUGUCACGUGUCCUGUUUGGUCUUGUGCUCAAUCAUCCAAGAAUUAAUCGUUUCCAUGUUUUACAGGUAUGUAAAGAGAUGUUACCAUGGCGACUGUACCUAGUCCUCGCGCAAAAAAGAGAAAUCUAUUUAUUAUAUAGAUACUGAUGAAAUACCAGGAUUUUUCCUUUAACUAAAAAAUUAUAUCUUCAUCGCGCGCAGUGAAGAUAGUGUUUUUAUCUUUUGCGUGUGAGGAUAUUGGUGUCACCACGGUUACUAAUAUGAUUAGCCAAUUACAAGAAUUACAAGAGUUUCAAAAAGUUGUGUUUUUUGUAGGAAUUUCAUCAGUAUCUAUAAAAUAAACAGAACAUUACAUGGCCGCUUGGGGAUACGAAUUUUAUCUUCUCGUGCUAUAAGUAUCUCUCACGAGUGAGCGAAGCGAAAGGAAAAUUUUAAGUUUAUAGAAAUUUACUUGAUUUUAUAAGCGUACAGCUCAAAAAAACUGUGAAACAUGGUGCUAGUGAAGACCUUAGUGAUCAGUUGGAGAAAGAAAUGAUAUUAGAAUUAUUAUACGUUUCUGGGAAACUGCCCACCUACCCCUCCCCGCAACCCCACAUUAACUCUAACUUCUCAAUUUGUGCAAAAUGUUGUCUUAGGGGAGGGGUAGGUGGGAAACGUAUAAUGAUCUUGAUAUGAUUGCCUUUUUCUUUCAGUUUGCCUUUAUGAUGAUGGCUAUUACAUGUACUCUAUGUCCCCUGGCACGAGAUUACACCGGGCUUAUACUAUACGCUGUUGGCUUUGGAAUGUUCGACGGAUGUUUUAUUUUGCUUAUCGCUAUUACCACCUGUGAUUUAGUCGGACCUGAAAAGCUACCACAAGCCUUAGGAACUCUGUAUGGGGUUGUAUCACUUCCUAUCAUAUUUGGACCACCCCUAGCAGGUACGUUUGAUCUUCCUUUUGCAAGAGAGUGA